AUGUCUCAGAAUCCAAACAAGCCAGUGUGUAAGGAUACAGUAAUGUCUCAGAAUACAAACAAGCCAGUGUGUAAGGAUACAGUAAUGUCUCAGAAUCCAAACAAGCCAGUGUGUAAGGAUACAGUAAUGUCUCAGAAUACAAACAAGCCAGUGUGUAAGGAUACAGUUUGGUCACCCACUACAAUAGAGAUUGAUUCUGAACAAGAUUUUCACAAACUAUUUACAAUUGAUCACGAGCAAUUGAAAAUCUUGGUAAAACAAAAAUUGGGAUACAUCAUCGAUAAGGAAGAAGUCAAUCUCUCUAUAACGAUUCCAAUCAAAUUGCCAACAUUAACGUCAGCGCCUGCAAAUGAAAAUAAUUUCCAAAACCUCCAAUCAACAUCACCAGUUCCACAAAAUAAUUUCCAAAUCCAAGGUCUCAAAACCAUUUUGAAAAAAACCUCACCAACAACUCAAAUCACAAUGGCAUCUGGUUGCAACGAAAAGAAGAAAAAGCCAAAAUGCAUUUCAAUCGUUACCGAUGUCUCACUCAUGCAAAUCUCAGAAAUCAAAGCAAAUUCCAAUCUCAUUGAAAACAAUGAUUUUGAAUCAACAUAUAUCGAUGGUGUACCUUCACUCCCUAAUAAUUCUUUCAAUACUGAAAACACCCCUAUAGUACCAAUCGAAAAGAAAUCUCCUGUUUUCAAAAGCGUUUUAAAGAAAACGUCACCUACUACUCAAGUAACCACAGCUGAGCAGGUCGCAUCAGUAAAUGCUUCCUCCUCCUCCUCCUCCUCCUCCUCCUCCUCCUCCUCCUCCUGUUCCAAAACCGCCAUAACAACAACAAAGGUUGCAGAAAAAUUAGCUACAUUAUUCACCGAGCCAGAAGUAUCGAAUCCAGAAGAUUCAAAAAAAAGCGUAGUUUCAUUAUCAUCAUCAUCAUCAUCAUCAACAACAACAACAACACCGACCUCGAUUCAAUUCAAUGAUAAUCUAACAAGAUAUUACCCAUGUACAGAAUCACUCAGCGCAGUUCCACUUUGUGAUAGCCACUCUAAAUUUUCCCCACGUGACAAACGAAAAUCAAUUGAAACCAUAUUGAGACAUGUUAGGUCAAACUUAUUGAGGGCAUGGCUGACAUUAAAGUCAUAUAAAAAAUCAUCAACAUUAUCAACAAAUUCAGAGUUAUUGUUCGAUACAAUAGGAAUGGAUCAAGAGGUGAAAUAUACAUUGAUGAACCCCGGCCCAAGUUAUUUAAAUUACGAAGCAAGUGCAGUAGGUGAAAGGAGUUAUUCACAAGUAAAGUAUAAUGGACUAUUAGGGUUUGGGUAUGGCGAUGAAAGUUUUGGAUUUGAUGGCGUAACUAAAGCAAAUACUUUUGCUAAUCAAUGCUGUUGA